GUCAGUGUAGUAUGUGUGAGCUUGUGGGUGGAGUCAAAUGGGUGUGCAACCAGUACAAAAAAAACUGCAAUAAAGAAAUAAAUAAUAAAGGGGUCAAUAGCAACAAUUUGAACUGAAACCAGUUGACAUGAGAUAAGAUAAGAUAAGCCACAAUAUAGCUAAGUAGACCUAUUGGCCUACAUUAUGUUUUCACAUCAAUUUGUUUUGCAUCUAUGUCGAAUAUGGCAGGGGAGCCAGGUAAGGAGUUAGACACAUCCUUCAUAUCCAAGCAAAGGGAUAACAUUGAUUACUUUUGACUGAACCUUAAAAACUCUGCUUCUAUAGCCUAUAGUAAGAAGGUGUGAUGGGAGUUUUAAAAUCUGUUAUUAAUGACACAUCCUGUGUUGACAGUAUUCAGUGUACUUGUUGGUUUAUGGACUGAACACAUUAAGUAAGUAUUUGAAGACCCUAAUUGUACCGCUGUGUUUUCAUUCCAUGUCAUGUUUGUUACUUUACACUCACUCAGAUGUAUCAUUUGUGGUUAUUAAUAAUCCAUACAAAAUGCAUAACAUGGAGUAGAUGUUGACUCUGAAGUGGACUGUACUCUGUAGACGCACCCAGGUUCUUUCCAUUCACAUCUGUAGAAAAUGUGAAAUUGUGACUGGGACUUUUAUCUCUCCAAAGAGACAAAUAUAACCUAGCAUCUUUGCUCAUCAUUGUGGAUCAUAGUCAACCCUUAAUAUUUCUACAUGGAAAACCCACAUUAUGCAAUAAUGCACCAUGGGAUAGUUUGGCAUUGUUUAUUCCUAUCAAGCCAAUUGACAGGCUGGGUUGUAAGCUCUACCCCCAGCAAGUUAGUUGACAAUAGUUGUGAAAGAUGUUCUGCUCUGAUUAGCUAAUGAAAGGGGAGGAGGAGUUCCAAUUGCGAUGUUAUCUCCUAGGGUUUGAGGACAGAGAAACGUCAUGUUUGCUUUCUGGAUCACAAAGCUGCAGGAGGAGAGUGCUGUUGGGUAAUAGGCAAAAAUCAAGAGAGGCAGAGAUCUGCACAUCACUGGCUUACAGAGCGGACACCACCUCACCCAGAUAACGCACGUGUCCCUCAGGCACAGAGAACCAUGGCGUUUACAGGGUUGCUGAGAGAGGAGGACAUCAGGGCUGCCGUCAAGGCUUGUCAAGCUCCAGGCACAUUCAACUUCAAGUUGUUCUUUGCACAAGUGGGACUGACCGGCAAGUCAGAAGCAGAGGGCCAACGGGUGUUCAGAGUUCUGGACCAAGACCAGAGUGGAUACAUAGAGGAAGAGGAGCUGAAAUUAUUCCUGCAGAACUUCUCCUCAGGGGCCAGGGAGCUGACUGAUGCUGAGACCAGAACUCUCCUAGCAGCAGGAGACAGAGACGGGGAUGGAAAGAUAGGGAUGGAAGAGUUCUGCGCUUUGCUGAAAUGAAGCUUUCACUCCUCAUCAGGGCUGUCUCUUUUUUUUCUUUCUUUUGGUACUUUUUACAACGUCUGGAACCCAAAACGGCCAGAUUCAGCAAGUCUGGAGGGAAAUGUCCACCUCAGCGACUCUAUUCACAUGCCUGCUGGUCCUCUCCCCGGUUGAUGGUGCAUCUUGGCACAUAAGUUCGUAGCUGUGGAUAUUAGGUGUAUAAGUCAGUGUCAGUCUAUCCAUUGGGUAACUGGUAUGGUUUAAUAAAGGAUGUAAAACGUA